AAAGGACGCCCACAGCGAGAGAGCGGAAAGAGCCCAGAGUGAGCAUUGGCCCUGUGAAAACGACGCGUCUGCUGCCCUUCUGGCAUUAGCGACGGCAAACGGGUCACAAGGCCGUCGCCUGAGAUCAGUUCUGCACUUAAAAACAGCGUGCCGGGCUGAUUGCUCCGUCACCAUUUACGUUACUGCAGGCAAAAGCCGCCGCUGUUUAUCCCACUACUACAGCGAGAUUUUGAUGAUUCUUCAUUAUAAUGCUAAUCCUUUCCAACAGUGUCCAGGAAGCGCACAGCGUCGUAAUUUAAGGGUUAGUUGUGAGUCCUCGAUUGGCUAGAGAGUGCGCAGCCCCUUGAAUAAGGUCUAAACUGGAUGCUGAUUGAAAGUAAAUCGCAAAAAGCCAGAGGACACAGAGGCUGCCUCCAGGACUGGGGGUUUUGACGCCCAUGCACAAACAGGGAAAAAGAAACCACAAAACCCUCCGCAAUCUCAUCAGCCAGUGGAAUGUGUCCUGUGUGAAUUAAACCCAAUAGAAGAAGCCCAUAGACUAACCAGGAAAUCACAUUCACAUCAAAGCUCUCAGUGAUGUGUGUUUUAUGAGCUGUUGGAAGUCUCUCUCUCUCUCUCUCUCUCUCUCUCUCUCUCUCUCUCCCUCUCUCUCUCUCUCUCUCUUUCCUCUCUCUCUCUCUCUCUCUCUCUCUCUCUUUCCUCUCUCUCUCUCUCUCUCUCUCUCCACUCCCUGAUCUGUUCAGCCUGGCCUCUGUCCAACACCACACCUCCUGCUGCUGUGGGCUGAACCAGGAAGUCACUCCCCCUCUCUCUGUCACACAGUUUCAGAGAAACAAAACUGAACUCUGUCAGUGUUAGCAGUAAAAUGGCUGAAGGUGGAGUUUUACUGGAUCAGGACCAGUUGAGCUGUGCAAUCUGUCUGGAUCUACUGAAGGAUCCGGUGACUAUUUCCUGUGGACACAGUUUCUGUUUGGGCUGUAUUAAGGACUGCUGGGAUCAGGAUGAUCAUACUGGUGUCUACAGCUGUCCCCAGUGCAGAGAGACUUUCGCCCCAAGGCCUGUUUUAAGAAAAAGCACUAUGCUGGCUGAAGUGGUGGAGAAACUGAAGAAGACAGGACUCCAAGCUGCUCCUCCUGCUCACUGUUACUCUGGACCUGGAGAUGUGGCGUGUGAUGUCUGCACUGGGAGAAAGCGCAAAGCUGUCAAGUCCUGUCUGGUGUGUCUGGCGUCUUACUGUGAAACUCACCUCCAGCCUCACUAUGAAUCUCCUGCCUUUAAGAAACACAAACUGGUCAAAGCCACUGGAAACCUGCAGGAGAACAUCUGCUCUCAUCAUGACAAACUGCUGGAGGUUUACUGUCGUACUGAUCAGCAGUGUAUCUGUUAUCUGUGUACGAUGGAUGAACACAGAGGCCAUGAUACAGUCUCAGCUGCAGCAGAAAGGACUGAGAAACAGAAGCAGCUGGGGGCGACACAGAGUAAAUUCCAGCGGAGAAUCCAGGAGAGAGAGAAGGAGCUGCAGGACCUGAGACAGACUGUGCAGUCAAUCAAGCGCUCUGCACAGGCAGCAGAGGAGGACAGUGAGAGGAUCUUUACUGAGCUGAUCCGCUCCAUUGAGAGAAGGCGCUCUGAGGUGAAAGAGCUGAUCAGAGAUCAGGAGAAGGCUGCAGUGAGUCGGACUGAAGGACUCCUGGAGCGACUGGAGCAGGAGAUUGCUGAGCAGAGGAGGAGAGAUGCUGAGCUGGAGCAGCUUUCACACACAGAGGAUCACAUCCAGUUCCUCCAGAGCUGUCAGUCUCUCUGUGUCCCUCCUGGACCUGAAGACUUGCCCAGCAUCACUGUCAGUCCACACAUCUCUUUUGAGGCUGUGAGAAAAUCUGUCUCUGAACUAAAAGAGCAACUGGAGGAUUUCUGCAAGGUGGAACUGGUCAAGAUUUCUGAAUCAGUGAAAGAAGCCCAUACUGUAGAGCCCAGGACCAGAGAGGAUUUCUUACAGUAUUCCUGUGGGCUCACUCUGGACCCCAACACAGUGAAUAAAUGCCUCCGUCUCUCUGAGGGGAACAGAGAGGUGACCCGUGUGGGCAUGAUCCAGUCAUAUCCUGAUCAUCCAGAGAGAUUUGAGCGCCGGGCCCAAGUGCUGUGCAGAGAGGGUCUGUCUGGACGCUGUUACUGGGAGGCUGAGUGGAGUGGGAAUGGGGAGGUUUUUAUUGCAGUCUCAUAUAAAGAGAUCAGCAGGAAAGGAGGCAUUAAUGACUGCACUCUGGGAUGGAAUAACAAGUCCUGGAGUUUGUGCCGCUCCCCCUCCGGUUACUCUUUCCUGCACAAUAAUGAGGAAACUGGAAUCCCUGUUCCCCCCUCCUCCAGAAUAGGAGUGUACCUGGAUCACAGGGCAGGAACUCUGUCCUUCUACAGCGUCUCUGACACAAUGACCCUCCUGCACAGAGUCCAGACCACAUUCACUCAGUCCCUCUAUCCUGGGUUUUGGGUUUCUUUUGGAUCUUGUGUUAAACUGUGUGAUCUGGGAUGGUGUCCUCACUUGGAAGCUGUCAUGGGAGAAAUGACUCAUGUGGCCAACGCCUCUGGCGGACCCCUGCAAGUGUACUACAGCACUGACAAGAUGACUCUGGAGGAGAUCGAGAUCGUCUACGGGACUAAAGCUGGUGGCUCCAAGUCUGAGGGUCUGAGCUUAUCAGUGUCCGCAGAAACCAGGAUGCGAAUGAAACGCGACACCCGCAUCCGCUACAUACGCAUCCCGACCCGGGACUUCGGCAAGAUCCUGGGUGAGGGAAACAUCUAUGUCACCGUGUUCGUGGAGAACUGCUCCUAUGAUGACUGCAGGAUGAUCUCCCAGAACUUCUUCAUCCCCAGCGACAGGUCCUUCAUCGUCACCGCAAACCACAACAUCAAGUUCCAGAAGUAUGAAACAGUCUGUCAGCGUGAGCUGUACAAUAGCAGGGGCCAGUAUCUAAGUGGAAAUAUUUCUUGCUCUUUCUCACAUGGAUUUAGAGAAACUAAACAACAUCCUGAACUAAAACUAAUAUCUAUCAGUGUGAGCAGUAAAAUGGCUGAGGCCAGUAUCUCAGUGGAUCAGGACCAGUUCAGCUGUGCGAUCUGUCUGGAUCUGCUGAAGGAUCCGGUGACUAUUCCCUGUGGACACAGUUUCUGUAUGGGCUGUAUUAAGGGUUGCUGGGAUCAGGAUGAUCAUACUGGUGUCUACAGCUGUCCCCAGUGCAGAGAGAACUUCACCCCAAGGCCUGUUUUAAGAAAAAACAUCAUGUUUGCUGAAGUGGUGGAGAAACUGAAGAAGACGGGACUUCAAGCUGCUCCUCCUGCUCACUGUUACGCUGGACCUGGAGACGUGGCGUGUGAUGUCUGCACUGGGAGAAAGCGCAAAGCCGUCAAGUCCUGUCUGGUGUGUCUGGCCUCUUACUGCGAAAUUCACCUCCAACCUCACUGUGAAUCUCCUGCCUUUAAGAAGCACAAACUGGUCAAAGCCACUGGAAACCUGCAGGAGAAGAUCUGCUCUCAUCAUGACAAACUGCUGGAGGUUUACUGUCGUACUGAUCAGCAGUGUAUCUGUUAUCUGUGUACGAUGGAUGAACACAGAGGCCAUGAUACAGUCUCAGCUGCAGCAGAAAGGACUGAGAAACAGAAGCAGCUGGGGGUGACACAAAGUAAAUUCCAUCAGAGAAUCCAGGAGAAAGAGAAGGAGCUGCAGGAUCUGAGACAGGCUGUGCAGUCAAUCAAGCGCUCUGCACAGGCAGCAGUGGAGGACAGCGAGAGGAUCUUUACUGAGCUGAUCCGCACCAUUGAGAGAAGGCACUCUGAGGUGAAAGAGCUGAUCAGAGAUCAGGAGAAGGCUGCAGUGAGUCGGACUGAAGGACUCCUGGAGCGACUGGAGCAGGAGAUUUCUGAGCUGAGGAGGAGAGAUGCUGAGCUGGAGCAGCUUUCACACACAGAGGAUCACAUCCAGUUCCUCCAGAGCUGUCAGUCUCUCUGUGUCCCUCCUGGACCUGAAGACUUGCCCAGCAUCACUGUCAGUCCACACAUCUCUUUUGAGGCUGUGAGAAAAUCUGUCUCUGAACUAAAAGAGCAACUGGAGGAUUUCUGCAAGGUGGAACUGGUCAAAAUGUCUGAAUCAGAAAGUCCAGUGAAAGAAGUCCAUUCUGUAGAGCCCAGGACCAGAGAGGAUUUCUUACAGUAUUCCUGUCAGCUCACACUGGACCCCAACACAGUGAAUCAAUACCUCCGUCUGUCUGAGGGGAACAGAAAGGUGACCCGUGUGGAAGAGAUCCAGUCAUAUCCUGAUCAUCCAGAGAGAUUUGAAUACUGGGCCCAAGUGCUGUGCAGAGAGGGUUUGUCUGGACGCUGUUACUGGGAGGCUGAGUGGAGUGGGGAAGAGGUUUCUAUAGCAGUAUCAUAUAAAGUGAUCAGCAGGAAAGGAGGCCGUAAUGACAGUGCUCUGGGAGGUAAUAACAAGUCCUGGAGUUUGCGCCGCUCUUACGGCGGUUAUUAUUUCUGGCACAAUAAUAAGUACACUAAAAUCCCUGUUCCCCGCUCCUCCAGAAUAGGAGUGUACCUGGAUCACAGGGCAGGAACUCUGUCCUUCUACAGCGUCUCUGACACAAUGACCCUCCUGCACAGAGUCCAGACCACAUUCACUCAGCCCCUCUAUCCUGUGUUUUGGGUUUAUACUUUUGGAUCCUCUGUAAAACUGUGUGAUCUGGGAUGAGGCAGAGGGAAGAUCAGAUGUAAUCAGUGAGAGAAAAACACUGCAGUGAAAUAGAUGUAAAUAAAAUAUUACAUUUCAGGGUCUGUUGAGGGGCUCAAACAUUGGGAACAUUAAUUUAACAGCAGGCGCAACAUUUUUUAAAAGUGUUUUUUUAGAGAAUUUUUUAUUUGAACAUCAUAUAAAAUAAGAAAAAUAAAAACUGAAGAGAGGUAAAGAUGGAAUAAGACGGUAAAUAUGUGGGUUUAGAAAAUAGGAUCCUCUGCUUUCAUUUCUGCUUCUUCCACAUGGGAAUUUUAUGAAUGCUUUGUAAUGAUCACACUGUUUGUAGAAAGUCCUUCUGUAGUUUAUGUUCAGGUGUCCUUUGUACCAAUGUGACGCUGGCUGGCCUUAAAAUAGGAUGGGUUAUUGUCAUGUCUUUAAGAAGCUGAUUUCAGUACAGAGUAGAAGUGCUGUGAUUCAAAUAAGUUAUAAAUGUAUCAUGUAUGUUUUGUUGGGCGUUGUUCUGUAAGACUUUUCGACCUUCAAUAAAAACUCCUUUACAAACCC